AUGGAUGCUUCUAAAAUUGAACAAGUAAGGUCAAUCAGUUUUUAUUUAAAUUUUUAGUUUUUGCGAAAUGGCUUGAAAAAUGAAAAUUUACUUGAUGCCAAAACCUUGAAUGCUCCAGAAGUGCGAGACAACUUGAAAGAAACAGAAAAGGUUGUGGAGAGACUAUUGGAAGAGUUGGCUGUGAGGAUAAGAACAACACGUACUGAGAUAGCAUCACCAAAAAUGUGGGUAAUAAUAUUUCAGGAUUAAUUAUGAAAACGCUUUAAUUUUGCUGAUGUUGCAAAUGAGUUUUUGAUAAAAUUGUUUCGUAUAUUGUAAAGUAAGUUUGUAUUUUAGAUUAGGAAAGUUUAAAGAUUUGGGGAACGCGAAUCAGAAGUUGGACAAACGAUUACAGAGUCAUAUCCAGAAAUUGAGGAAGAAUGAAGGAUCACUGGUCGGAACUUCUGAUGUCUUGGAGUUUGAUUCGGCUAAGGGAAGAUCAGACAGGCUGGUCGAAGUUAUAAAUGUAAGUAUUCUUUGUGGAAUUUGGAUUUUCAGAUUGAAAAAAUGACUUUAAAUUGUUUAUUAGGUAAUAUUCGAGAUUCGGACAGUGGUAUUUUUUAGGCCAAGAACAUGUGGGAAUCCUCGUUGAGAGUGGUUGAUAUGAUGGGGGAAUCUGAACAAAAUGAACUGUUUGGGUAUCUAGUCAAUCUACAGAAGUCAAAUGAGAUAUUGAAGAGAGUAGGUUUAUAUAUAUUUUUUUUGUUUUUGCGAUGUUGUUCUAAUCAGUUGUUAUAGUACGUCUCAUCACAAGAACGAGACCAUUUACUGGAAACGAGAAAAGAUUUGUUUUUGAGUUGGUUUUCAUCUGCCAUUUUAUUCGCCAUCGAUUCGAAUGACUCUAAACUGCUUCUCAAUCUGAAGGAAAAGUUUGACGCUCUCGAUAGGACUUCUGGUAUGUUCUGAGCAUUUUUAAGUAGUUGGGUUUUAAUUUGUCUUGCGAUUUUAAUUUUUUCAUAUGGCAUUUGUUUAGACUACAGAAAGACGUUUGGCGCUUUUAUAACCAACAAAAUAUGUACAUUCAUUGAUGACAAUCAACAAGACCUAACGUUGCUGAAGCUACUUGACGAAGCUUUUAAUCUGUGGAAGAGAACUAGCAAGUAAGUCUAAACGUAUUUAUUAAGAAAACAACCUCUAAUUUUGCAAAUUUAAUAAUUGUAUAUUUGGGUAAUUGUUAUGGAGUAAUAUGCAGUUAUAGUCUUUUAGAUGUAUAAUAAUAUGCUAUCAUAGUCUUUUAGUUUGUAGUUUUAUUUAAUAAUUUAUUUUAGAAUAGCUACACAAUUGUUUGGAGAAAGUGGCUCGAGUUUUGUCGCCAUUAGUUUUUAUGAAGGAAUAACUUCGAAGGAUAAUGUUGUUAAGGAAAUCAUCAAUCGUAUGAUGGAAGAAACUGGGGACGCUUUUGCUACAGCUAGACAAUUGUCUACGGUAAUCUUUAUAUUUAGUGAUAAAAUCACCAGAUUGUUAUGUUGUGUGUUAUAUGUACUGUAUAAAGUAUUCAUCAUGUUCAAAAUCAGCCUAAAAAAGAAAUUUUAGUUGCGGAAGGACUUUGAAGGAUAUGUAAAAUCAGAAGGCGAUGAAGCUGUGCAGAAUAUCAUCAACAGAUUCUGCGACGAUUUGUACGAAAUAAUCAGCGAUGAUUUGUCGAAACACAUUAAAUCUGUUCUCAUGAUCAAGAUAAAUGAGAUAUUACAGGUAACUUAACUUCCUUUCCUAGUCGAGUCUAUGUCAAUAUAUUAUGAUAACAAUUGUUUCUUUCUUUCAGAGUUUCAACCAAAAAGCCCACAAGAACCACGAAUGGGUGAUACCUAUUCUGGAAAGUGUCCAUUCUCUUAUGAGGGAUCUUAUCACGGAAACGGUCGAUAUAUUUGGAGCUUCCUUUUCCAAGUUUAUAGUGCCCACUUUUGAAAAUGGCAUCGACCAGAUCCAUUCCAUGUUUAAAAAGUCUGACAUUCUGGGAUUGAAGGUACCAAAAAUGAAUCUGAAUUUUACAUUGGAUGAAGUUAAUGACAAACUUAUUUGCAUGUGUGUGGUGGGUUACUUGUUGAACAUGGUGGAUGACUUGAACAACUUUAUUCAUGAUGUCUACAACACUCACAAGGAUGCUAAUGGUAGGUUCCUGGUUAUAAACACGUAGUUUAAAAACAUUAUUACUUUUAUGUUGUAGUAUGCAUUGUUUGAAAUGUAAAAGUAAAAGUAGUUAUUGUAGACCCUCGAGAGCCAUACGUAAUAAGAAACGGUCAAUUGCUGGAAAAGUAUGCUAGGAAGGUGGUUCAGAACAAGAUCGUCGACUUGAGCAAGUUCUUGGUCAUUUCGAUGACAGAUGAGAUGAAUAAGUUGGUACGUUAUGCGUAGUACUGGCAAAUAAUGGGUAGCUUUAUCGUAAAGUUAUUAUUUAAAAUUUAUUGACCAACGUUAAAUUUGAUACAAUGAAAGUUUAGAAAUCAGAUGCUUCUAUGAAUGAUUCCAAACCAUCGUUACCUACGUUUUCAAUCACUCCUCACAAUUACAUAACUACAGUAGGACAUGGUUUGCUGAGUCAGGUGAACAAUAUUGCUGCUUACAACAACGACAGGAACUUUAAGUCAGCGGUUCAAGUGUCAGCAGGCGAUGAGUAUAAUGGUAUGUAAAAAGAAUUUGGUAUGAGAGUAUGAUUUGUGUGAAGUGUAUUCCAAUUGUAUAGUAUUAAUUUAAUGAACUUUUGUGGUAAAGAACAAUAUACACGCUUAUUAUGUAAAUGUUUCAGAAGAAGAGUGUGAUCUUUGGGUUCUGAAGGCCAUUGUGACAUUACUUAUGGACAGUUUUUGUGCGAAUAUUGGUGAUCCUACUAAGCUAUCGACUGCUUUGUUAAGGCAGUUCAAUGCUGACGUCGGUAAGUCUUUUCGGCACAAUUACAUUUUAAAGAACAUUAGUAAUUGGAAAACACUAAAUCAUAUUUUUAAGUAUUCCUAUUGGAAGCCCUGGAGGACCUCAGGCUUCAGCCGACUGACACUUUAACAGCUCUUGCUGACAAAAUCAACGAUUUGUGUACCAAAAAGUGA